UAAAAUCCACUAUCUUUAUUAUCGAGAAUUCGAACAAUGGAGCUUUCAGAUGCCGUUCAAAAUGGGUUAAAGAUGCUGACAGACUCAAAUAGCAGUUCGAAAAUAAUAAAUAAAGCGUUCAACACCAUAAGCAACCCCGGAAAAGAACCCAUUGCUGGUGGUGAACAAUAUGCAUUGACUACCGUGCUUGUACUGGCCUGUAAGCACGAUUAUGAUGACCAACAGCUUCGUCAAUUGCUCGAAACAUACAUCCCAAGUUCCGAUAUUGUCGGUAGGAUCAUAUCAAAAUAUUCAAUAUUCCGAGAUACAUGCACUCCAAAGAAUGCCGAGUACGGUAUAGCACUGCCUCAUGUUACCGAUGCCAAUUGGACACUUCGCUCGGAUUUAUCAUCAUCGAGUUACUCGAUUUUGGCAGGAAAUCUCAGUUUCAGUAUUGAACUGGAGUCAUUAAAUUACGAAACAAACGAAAAGCAACCAGUGGUACGAUUUACCUGCACUCCGGAAGAGCUACAACUAUUCAUAAAUAAACUGAAAGAUAUAGAGCUGAAUUGUGAUAAACUAACGAAACAAUAGUAAAGAUUCUGCAAUACUCUAUAUGAUACUUAACAACUUUAAU